AUGUCACAAACAAUCGAUAUAAGUGGAAGGUUUACCGAAACGGGUAAUUUAUUACAGAUUGAAUAUGCUCGUAAAGCGGCUAGUAAAGGGAAUACUGUAAUUGGGGUGCAAUUUAGCGAGGGAGUACUUUUAGCCGUAGAUAAGCAUUCUUCUUCUAAAAUAGUUGAUAUUCAGAGUUUAAAGACUAUUACGGCCUUAUCUCGGCAGUAUGCUAUGGCUUAUUCUGGGCUUCCUCAUGAUAAUAAUGUGAUUACUUACUUGAUGAAAGACUUUACUAAGCAAGUACUCUUACAGUCGGAAAAAGAACCGGCUGAGGAGUUCUUUUUGGGAACACUUAGGGAGUAUUUGGUCUAUUUUGGGUCUUAUAUGUCAUUGCGUCCGGUGGGUUGUGAGUUUUUGAUCUCUUCUUUAGGCCGGGGUAAGGCUAGUUUAUUCCAUGCUGAUCCAUCAGGGAGUAUAAGUAAGUGUCGGGCUUAUGCGGUGGGGUGCAAUGCACAGGCGGCUAAGACGGAAUUGGAGAAGGUUGAUUGUACGGGGUAUACUUUGGAGGAGGCUAUUCAGUGGGUUGUACGGGUGAUGCACUUAUCAAGGGAUGGAAUGGCUGAUGGAACCUUUGAGAUUGAAAUGAUGGCUGUUCAGGCUAAUGGAGUGCAAAAACGAGUUGACCGCCAGGUAAUAGAAAGGUAUGUUGCCGAGGCGGCGGAAAUCUCAGUACAAUAA